GGGUUAGGUGUCUCUUGAUGCCGGCUGCUGACACAAGCCCACCCCUCUCACGCCCCCCUUCCUGGGCUCGCCGUCUGCGCCGGACCGGUUGGGAGGGGGGACCGCGUCGUGUGCUACGUGCAAAAAUUGUGCAAAAAAAAAUAAAAAAGGCGAUCGGAGGCGGUGGAUGGACCCGAUAGAGCCGUGCAAAGGCGAAAGGAGGCGCUACGGCUCGGCGCCUUUCGAAGAAGAGGCGUUUCUGCAUCUAUACACCAAUGAAGCGGGCCGAGCUAUUUAAUUCAUCCAUGCAUAGGAGAGCAGCCGCAUACCGUGCGUACUUGCGUUUAGGUCACAUCUCUGCAGUCUAGUUGGAUGGACUGUAUAUUUUAGGCUUAAAAUAAUACAUGUAAUCAUACUGAACUGAUACGUGUGACGAUCGGGGGAUUAUAACUGGAGCCUGGAUACCGCGAAUAUCUAUGAGCUCCGACUCUCUUCACUACAGCUUCAGGAUGCCGAAUAUAGGAUUCCAGAACCUUCCUCUGAAUAUCUACAUCGUGGUGUUCGGGACGGCCAUCUUCGUCUUCAUUCUCAGUCUGCUCUUCUGCUGCUACCUGAUAAAGUUGAGGCACCAGGCACACAAGGAGCUAUACGCAUACAAACAGGUCAUACAAAAGGAAAAGGUGAAAGAACUAAAUCUGCAUGAGAUAUGUGCUGUGUGUCUGGAGGAGUUCAAGCAAAAGGACGAGCUGGGCAUCUGUCCGUGCAAGCACGCCUUCCACAGGAAGUGCCUCAUCAAGUGGCUGGAGGUUCGGAAGGUUUGCCCCCUCUGCAACACGCCCGUCCUGCAGCUGGCCCAGCAACAGGGCCCCCCCGAGCCCCAGGGACCCCCACAGCAGCCUUUACCUGGCGUGGAGAACCUUGUGUAGCGCCCCCUACAGUACAGGUACACUCCUCUGUAGCAGAGGACAGGAAAUCCCUCACUAUGCAGCCGGCCACGACCUGUGAAUCCCUCGCUAGCCCCUCCCUCCCGCUAGCCCCUCCUCCCCGCCUUGGCAGACUCCUCACGAAUCACCUUUUCGUUUUCAUUUUCCCGUUCCACGCGAUGAAUGAUUUCACAGUUUCUUCAAGCAAAAGCCUGGACUGUUUCACAACCAAAGCACUUUGUUUUGUUUUUUUUGUUUUUUUUCUGGAGACACCAGCACAAGGAAGGACGAUGAACAAAACAGUCAAAUGAACGUCAACAGGAAUGGCUGUUUUGUUUUGUUUGUCUGUUUUUUUGAAAGCAAGCACUUUAAGACACUAAUCGCUUGUGAAGACUGUAAUGAAAUCACAUUCUAUUUUACUAUAGUAAUUAAUUUUUUUUUAAUCGUAGCUAGACGAGUACAGACGCACGUCCUUUUCGUUUUCUCUCUAAAAGGGACAAAGGCUUUUUCAAGGAUGGCACCGAACAAGGACGUUGAUGCUCAUGGCGGCCUGCGAAUGUCUCCUUUCCUUCAUGGUCAAACCUCUGUCCCAUUAACUCCCCUGGGCAAUGUGAAGCCCCUCCCCUUGGCAUCAGGUCCCAGUGGGUAUCAUCAGCUCUGCCUCUGACGUACGACCCCCGAGCUAAAUGCCACCCAACUCUCCCUUCCCACCCCCCCGGCCACUUAAUUCGCGUUUAUGCAAACGGGUUUUUCAGCACCUGAGGCGUUCAGCCGGUUCCUCUCCGAUAUUAAGACUCAAGCCAUCUUCUCGGUGGGAAUCCUGCAGCUAGCUGACAUUACAGCCCUUGUGCAGAAAGGACAUCCAUUCUCUUUUGCUCUUAUUAUUCUGGCACCCUUUAUAGCAGAGUUAUUCAAAUCGCGGUCCUCAAGGUCCGAGCACUGCUGGUUUUCCAGCCUUCCUUUACCUGUCAGUCAGUUGUGAAGCCUCUGACCAAUCAGAAUCAGUAAUUAUUAAACUAAUUAACUGGGAGAGCUGAAAACAAGGCCUGGAUUUGGAAUUGAGGUCCAGAUUUGAAGAACCCUGCUUUAUAGGAAUUCAAAUCCAGAUCUUAACGCACACUCAAGUCCCUGUAAAAGGGAAACCGUCAAAUUUCUACUUAAGCACUUUGAGAUCUUAAACAUAAAUGGCUUUGCCAGGUGAAGGCAUGGAGUCAAGGUUGCACUUCAGUUUUUUUUCCUUUUUUUGAAACAGUAUUUAAUGUAACAGGCAGGGUAAUGAUGAGCAUUUCCGUCGGUUUUUCCACAACUUGUCAGAGCCCCUCUGAUUCCACAAGGCUUUUGCCCUGCUGGUCGUGCUGCAGUUUGUGAGACGCGAUAGUUGUGGGGCAGUCAGCAACGUCCUGCGCAAGCCAGCUAUGAAGCGGGGAAACCAGAUGUCCCAUUGGCUGCAGGUGGGGCUCGGCCCAGCCAAUCGCGAGCCGCGAUUCAUUACAUAACCUUAAAAAAAAAAA